AUGCGAUCUGAAAAGUUACAUGAAGUGAAAAAUCUACGAGUGGUACUUCAAAUUCUAUUUGGGGCAUAUUUUGCAUCUGCUGUUAUACCUCAUCGACAUCGUGUUCCUAUAAUCGAUCUUGGCGGUGCUGAUGAAUUAGUUGGAAGUGUGCGUGAAGAUCGCACUAUUGUCAAUGUCGUACCUAAAUUGAGCAUCGUUCACGAAACAGGUCCACUUUGUCGAUAUGAACUUACAAAUGAAGGGUCAGAGGAUGUACCAUUUAUGGUUGAAUUGAAUGAUGAAAAAGAUGGUUCGGGUACUGUUCGAAUCAAAGAUGGCGUACAUUUGGAUUGUAGCAAUCCUCAAUAUCUUCUCAAUUUGGUAGCUGUUCGUUGUGAUGAUGAGGCUAGAUCGGAAAGCGUACGUAUGCGAAUCUCUGUCAAAGACACAAAUGAUCACAUACCAGAAUUUUCCCGUCCCUGGUAUACUUUCAACGUAAAUGAAGGAAAAAUUUACAACGAAUUAGCUCGACUGCAAGCAACUGAUAAAGAUUGUGGACAUCCAUAUGCAAAAUCGUACAUUCUAACAAUAGUAGCUCAUGAUUGCGGAAUGCGGCAGUCAAAAUCAACUCUCGUUACUAUUAAUGUACGAGAAGCUUGCGUUGAUGGUAUUCGAGGAAUUCAAGAAAAGGUAAUAUACAUGCCUGAAUCAGGAAGUGUUCGGAUCGCACCAAAUGCACAUGUCUUCACCUGUUCUGAAGCGCAAGCCUGUAUUUUGGAAAGUGUGAAAAGUGUGCUAACCUUGCAAACUGAUCAUCUAACUUAUGGAUGUGACCGAGAUGACUUUGUUCCCCAUAUGGUGCAAAAAAAAUGUGGAAUGGAUGAGGCAACAAUAGCUUUACUAAGCAAUAUGGACGAUAACAAAUCCGUAGAUAACAAUGUGUUAGUAGAUAAAUUCGUAUUUGACGGGCAUUCUCGUUCAGUAAUUAUACCUGAAGAAAAGGUUGAUUCGGUUAUUCCAUUGAAGUUUACUCUUACUUUUUCGAUGAAACAUGCUCGUGGUAACAAGAAAGAUGAAUCAACGAAGCAAACAGUUUUAUGCGAAAGCGACUAUACUAAUAUGAAUCGGCAUCACUUCGCAGUUUAUACUCGACACUGUAAGCUAGAAUUGUUAAUGCGUCGUGAAAGUAAUGAUGAGGCAUCUUUUCGUGCUGCAGAAUGGCGAUGGAAUAUACCAGAAGUUUGCGAUAAUCGCUGGCACUCUUACUCUAUUUUAUUUGCAUCAGUUGAUAUGGUGGAUUUAUACAUUGAUGGUCGUAAAUUUAUCACUACAAAAGAAAAUCCAGAAAUUCUUGAUGAUUGGCCAUUACAUCGUACGAAAGAUACGAAAAUUCGUAUAGUUGUGGGAGCGUGUUGGCAUGGACGUGACCAUUCAAUGUCACAGCAUUUUAAAGGAAGUUUAGCUUCGGUCUAUUAUUUACCUAAUAAACUAGAACAACCGCAUAUUCUUCAGUGUGCUCAUCAGUGUAAGGAAAAACUUGAAUUCAGUGCUAUUGAUCAAUUAGUACCGGGAGAGAAUGCAAUAUUCUCCGCAGAUUCAUCAUCAUUUACUCUGCAAGCAAAUACUGCUGAAGAUUUAUCAUUAUUACUUCAACGUGUCACAUACGUGAAUAGUAAAAAUCCACCAACUCCUGGACACCGAUCUUUUUACAUCAAUACAACCGUUUCUUGCACGGAUGGCAAAAUGCUUACUCUAAAUCCUAGUAAGGGAUAUAUAUUGGUGCAAAAAGAAGCUGAACCAGUGAUUUCCAUUAGUGGCUUAUCCGUUGUGAACAGUGAUCAUCACUUAGUAAAAACUGGUGCUCCCAUGCUUCCUGAAAUCAAAAUUACAGUAACCCAAAGUGUAAAUGGUGAACAAAUAGAACGAACAGAUGUAUCAGAACUUGAUUGGUGUAAGGUACAUCUGAAACCAUCGCGUGAUAUGGACCUCGAGUAUUUCUCCUCUCCAGCAUCACUUAUUGCUGCUCUUCGAAUUGAUUUUGAGCACGAUAAACAGGGAAUUUUAUUAAAGGGGAAAGAAAAAGUCAAAGGUUACCGAGAGAUUUUAUCCAAAAUUCAUUACUUCAAUACUCGGGCUGAUUCAUAUACUAGGAGAAUCUACACCGUGCAGUGUUCAAUGAAUGAUGGUCGUAUUCUCAGCAAUGAAUUCCUCGUUACGAUGAAUAUCGAUAUCCCACAAACAACACAAGCACCGGUAACUCAGAUUCUUGAUGAAGAGGUGCAAAUGGAGCAUGCCUUCGAUAGAAUUGGUGGUAAUCGACUGCAGAAUUUACUGGAAAUGGAUUUUCCGCGACCAAAAGCUUUGAUCUCUCGCGGAUAUGAUAGUGGGCGUGGUACUGUAGCAGGAGGAGUAGUCACUUUAAUGGUAGUGGUAUGUGUUGGCUUUCUCCUAAUACUGCUAGUAAUCGGAAUAUUGAAAAUGCGUGAUACCCCUCUUCCGUCGAGACGGCGCCGUAAUCGGCGAAAUCCGGAAGGAGCAAUGGAAUGGGAUGACAGCGGUAUGAAUAUUACUGUAAAUCCACUUGAAGAAGUAGACAAACAUGGUGUUGAUUUUUCUGAUGAUGACGAAGAACAAGAAGAAGAAAGCUCUGAUGGUGGCGAAAGUUUUCAUGAUGAAGGUAUGACGGAAGAUGAAGAAGAUGCUGAAAAUGUACUUCCGCAUGUAGACAGCGAAAAACAAAAUAGAAGUCUGGAAUGGGAUGACACGACUCUGACGAAUGUUUCACGCACUUACCGUGUUUAA